AUGGGAAAUGUCGAUCAUGCGUUUGAAUCAAUGUCACUGGAAGAAGAUGAAGUUCCUUUCGAUCUGCCUGACUUACCGCAAUUCAGUGCGAUAGAAAGAAACAAGAUGAGUAUUUUGGGACGUACUUUAAACCCUGAUAAUCAGAACAUAGCUGAUCUUAUUAGGGAUAUGCCAAGGAAGUGGCAGGUGUAUGGAAGGGUACAUGGGAUUGUUCUGUCAAAAACAACUUUUCAAAUUGUCUUUAAGUAUGAGCAUGAUCUGGAGGAGGUGCUAAAUAAGAGGGUAUGGACUUUCAACGACUGGAGCAUCGUAAUACACCGCUGGACAGAGACGCCAGACGAGGAUUACCUUAAGUACUUAUUAGUGUGGGUUCGGAUUCGCAAUAUUCCGGUGAACCACUACACGGAGGGAGCGAUAACAGCUCUGGGGGAUAUCAUUGGGAGAGUGGAUGUGGUUGCUUUCGACCCAGAUAAACCGCAGACAAACGACUAUGUGCGUGUGAGAGUUUUCUUUGAUGUUUCAAGACCAGUGCGAAGAUCAAAAGUGGUGAACCUACCUAAAGGAGGGGGAUCUGUCACGAUUUUGUAUGAUUUCGAAAGGAUCCAGAAACGCUGUUAUCAUUGUCAGCGCUUGACUCAUGAAAAGGAUAAGUGCCCGAUACUGAUCCAGGAGCGGCAAGAUAAAGCAAAGGCAUGGAGAAAAAAAGUAAGCGAGGAUAACCAGAAGGAAGAAGAAGGAAAGCAAACCUUUAUGGUUACUAUCGACAAAGAUGAUCCUUUGUUUGGUGUUUUAAAUGAAGAUCAAGUGGGUGUGGAUAAAGCCACUGGGCGGAGGAAGAUCAACCCGGAGGUCCUACAACAGAUGAGGGAGUACAUCUUGGCUGCUGAAGGAGGAGAGAAGCGUAUAAGGCAGGAACGGGUUCGUAAAUCUGUAUCUGACUUGGAUAACGAUCCGCUAGGGCAAAAGAAGUUUCUGCGCCUAGAAGCGGCCCCUCUGAUUAUCCAUGAAGUGGACAAAGGGAAAGGUUUUGUCUUUGGUUACUCUAAUCAAAAUGAACAAAACCACAGCAGGGAAGAUGGAUCACGGGGGUCUAGCUCGUGGGUGGAGAAGGAAAAGGGUCCCCUACGGUCAGGAUCGGGGGUUGGUAGAGGAGACAGAGACUCAAACCCAACAGAGAAGGGGAAUAAUUUUUUCUUUGAAUGUUCAACGGGUUUUAGUAGUGGAUUCUCUACUGCUAGCUCUUCCGGGACAAAAAAAGACUAA